CGGAAGCCAGCCAUAGAGUUUAGCGGCCAGAGCGACUCUGCAGGGAGGUGGCAGGAAAGGCUCGGAACGGCUGCCGGAGGUGACGGAGCGGCGGCCCCGCCCGGUGUGCUGGAAGACGAAGCUUCCAGGUAGCGGCCCGCAGAGUCUGACCCAGGGUACGACGGGGCAGUCGCCGUGAGCCCACGGUCCCUGGGCGGCCUCUUUAAGGGAGGGGGCGGAGCCACGUGGAGGGAUCGUGAGGCUCCAGAUAUCCUGAGCCCAGGUCCCCCCAGCUCAGUGCAGCCAUGAGUGCCGAGGUGAAGGUGACAGGGCAGAACCAGGAGCAAUUUCUGCUCCUGGCCAAGUCGGCCAAGGGGGCAGCGCUGGCCACACUCAUCCACCAGGUGCUGGAGGCUCCUGGGGUCUACGUGUUUGGGGAACUGCUGGAUAUGCCUAAUGUUAGAGAGCUGGCUGAGAGUGACUUCGCUUCCACGUUCCGGCUGCUCACAGUGUUUGCUUACGGGACAUAUGCUGAUUACUUAGCUGAAGCCCGAAAUCUUCCCCCACUCACAGAGGCUCAGAAGAAUAAGCUUCGACACCUAUCAGUGGUCACCCUGGCUGCCAAAGUCAAGUGUAUCCCAUAUGCAGUGUUGCUGGAGGCCCUUGCCCUGCGGAACGUGCGGCAGCUGGAAGACCUUGUCAUCGAGGCGGUGUAUGCCGACGUGCUUCGGGGCUCCCUGGACCAGCGCAAUCAGCGGCUGGAGGUUGACUACAGCAUUGGGCGGGACAUCCAGCGGCAGGACCUCAGUGCCAUUGCUCGAACCCUGCAGGAGUGGUGUGUGGGCUGUGAGGUGGUGCUGUCAGGCAUCGAGGAGCAGGUGAGCCGCGCCAACCAGCACAAGGAGCAGCAGCUAGGCCUGAAGCAGCAGAUCGAGAGUGAGGUCGCCAACCUUAAAAAAACCAUUAAAGUUACAACAGCAGCUGCCGCCGCAGCUACAUCUCAGGACCCCGAGCAGCACCUGACUGAGCUGAGGGAACCCGCCCCCGGCACCAACCAGCGCCAGCCCAGCAAGAAAGCCUCAAAGGGCAAGGGGCUCCGAGGGAGCGCCAAGAUUUGGUCCAAGUCGAACUGAAGGGACUGUCGUUUCUUCCCUGGGGAUGCGGGGUCCUAGCUUCCUGCCUGUCCUUUAGGAGUCCUCCAAGAGCCUUCCUGUGCCCCUGGUCAACUGAUAAUCCUAGGUUCAUGACCCUUAACCUCCCUCUUCUCUCCUGACCCCCAAGCGUAGAUCACACCUUCUCUAGGGAGGAGGCAAGUACAAGUCAUGUUUUUGUUGGUACUUCUGCUUUAUGUGACUUUAUUAUGUGUCCCAUUGUCUCCCUCCCCCUCCCAGCCGUGCUCUCUCCCUAUUUCUUUAAGGGGGGGGGCGGCCAGCGUCUAUCCCUGUUUAUUAUACGUCAUGGAGUUGGGGGGGGCGCUGCUGCUUCUCCAGCAUAACCCACGUGUGUUUCUUCUCGGACCACUGCGCCCCUGCAUGCCUACUCCCCGAUUUGUACUGCUUACCCCCAGCCUAUCUGGGCAGCAUCUGAAGAGCCAUAGGCCUUCCACCUUGGUUCCCACCCGGAGAAUUCUGGGAGCCAGUCUGCCGUUCUGGGAGUCACUGGACACUUUCGUCCUAGAAUCCUGUCACACCAGAGUUGUUUCCUUUCCUCUCUCCUCCCCUUGGGUCCUGGGGAUGCUGCUGCUUCAAUGACCCCAGAGCCGAAGAAGGGCAGCUGUCUCUUGAGAUGUUGAGAGAUGGCUCUUUCUUACCCCUGGCUAUCUUGGAAAGCCUGAUGGCAAUCCGGGAAGGAUUUAUACUUCCUUUUGUGAGUUUGGUGGGGAAGCGAAGGGGAUAUAUAGAUUGUAUUAAAAAAAAAAAAGUAUAUAUACAUAUAUCUAUAUAUAACAUGAAACCGAAAUAAAUCUAUGAGAAGUCUAUCUACAAACAUGCCCGGAAAUGGGUAUCUUCUGUCUUUGAUAUGUGUGGAUGGGAAGAAGGCUCACUGUCCGUCCACUCUAAAGCAAAGUGCUGGAAAAAGAAGACAACCAGAUACUAGGUGCUGAGUCCUGGCCUAGGAGCCAGGAGACCUAGAUCUUGAGUCGUGGGACUUUGGACAAAUUGCUCAGUAUCCCAGCUCUCAUUCAGAAGCAGCGGAUACUUCCUGAGCACCAACAUGUGCAGAGCACUGGACAUGCAAAAUGACUGUCGCUGGCUGUGCUCCCAAGGAGCUGGGCUUCAGCUUGUUGCCUUCCUUCUUACAGAAUUAUAAGGGGGAAGAAUUGAUAAUAACCUUCGGCUUUUGCAUCAGAACCACACAGAACUCAGAGAUCUGCAGUAAGCAGCAGCAGGCUCCUGUCUGCUUCCUGUGUUGGGACAAUUGGUGUCCUUGGUCUAGUGCACUGCUGUGCACUCUUUAGAAUUGGGAAGCUCUAGUGUAAGGGGCAGUUGACCCCCCCGCCCCCCGAACUUGCACGUGAAGCAGUUGCCUCCUGAGGGCCCCAGUGUUGACUGAGCUGCUCUCCAGGGAUUGUGUUUUUCUCUAGGUGGAGAUUUAGCACAGACCACUCUUUGCGGGUGCUAAAGGUCUCAGUCACAGAACUAGAAAGUGGGGUGGGAUCCUGAGGUUUUGAUUAAAAAUGGGCUGGGCGAGCCUCUUGUUUUGAGGGGGCCGUGGAGACUUACUGGGGCCCUACUUUGGGAGUUGACACUUCUAGCUUCUUGGUUACCUUUGUCCUCGACGAGCUUGUUGAGCCUGUUUUGUCUUGGUUCUCAGUCUCUACCUCUGCAAUAAACCCCUUCUUCCUCCCACACCCUCCAAUGUGUAGAAGUUGUUAAUUCCUGGCACUUAGAACCUGUCCCCCCCUCCCUCUGCCCCUGCCCCAA